AUGGACUCUGAAAUGUCGUUGCUUUCGAAGAUAGAGGAGUUGGAGGCGAAGCUGCUUGCAUUGGAAAAGUUGACCGAGCAUCUAGCAAAGCCAGAAUCAAAGGGUACAACAGCCACAGACGUCGCUGAAAACAUCGAAGAGACGGGAGAGAAGGCGGAGAAGGGUGAUAAAGGAAAGGAAGAGAAAGGAGAGCAAGAGAAGGGAGAGAAGGAAGAGAAGGGAGAGGAAGAGAAGGGAGAGAAGAAAGAGAACGAAGAGAAAGAAGCGAAGGAGGUGGAGGGCAAAGAGGUGAAAAAGGAUGAUGAGCAGACUCCGCAGUCCCGCGCACGCGUUGUUUUCAGUAGAAUCAACACUAAUGGGACAUGGGAAGAUUAUGAGCCUGAUGGGAAUUCAGACAAAAAACCUUUGGACACAGAGGGACGGGCAUUCACGCUCCGUAAAAGAGUUUUGGAUGAUCCUACGACGAAUAGCGGCGAGCUUGAUAUCCAGAGCCUUCCUCUGUGGGACCUUCUGAAAAAAGUGUUUCAGAUCUAUCCAGGCCAUAUCUUUCAGGGGAGUCCCAAAACAAUUCACUCGCCCUAUGAGCCCCUCAUACUCUACUGGGACAAGUUGCAAGAGACCGCGAAGGACUCCACCAUCGAAGCGACCGCUCGAACUGAUCUAACUUUGCUGCUCGAUACAAUUUCCAGUGGAUCCGGAGACGCAAAACUAGACAAAUAUUUCAAGACACGAGAUCAGGACAGGGAACAGAAUCUGACGACGUAUGACAAUCUGUGGACACUUUUUACACCCGGGUCUUUAGUUUAUGGGAAAGCCUUCCAAGAUGAGGACGAGGUUUUCCUGGUCGAAUGCAACACCUCGCCAUGGCCUUCUCGAGACAAAGACGAUGAGUGGCAGGUUCUUUGCUGGGCCUAUGACUGGAAUGGCCAGAGCUUCAAAAGACUACCUAUUCGUCUCAAUUUCGAGGUCUUUGAAGAUCGCAAGCCUAUCACUUCACUUCAGUUCUACCCAUUAGCUUUCUGCAAAGACUCUGACAUUCUGAAGAAGAAGUUGGUGAGAAGAGGUGAACAAUACCGAAAGUUCUGCACGGCAAAGAAAGGGUCGCAAAUGUUUGGAUACGAUGGGUUGGUGACGAUCGUGAAAAGAGGCUUCACUGAUCCUUUCAGUAAUGACGAUCAAGAACAACCCGAGUCCAAGUCCCAAGACAUAUACAAUACGGAUUCCUCUUAUCGAGCAGGACAAAACAGCAAAUCUGUCAAGGUGAAGGAUAGGGUUAUGGUUGAUUUCGAAUCAUACUUUGAAUAUGGACGCCCGGACGCCAUCAUUGGCGAACUAUUCCUGGACAAAAACUCCGGGGAAUGUGAAUGUUCGACAUGUCAGUCAAAUAGUGGGCUUAAUGACCUUUACCGGACUAAGUUUGACAAUGCCGAUAAAGACGGCCUGGGAUGGAGUGAGGAACAAUAUCUUCUCUGUCCACCGCGGGUGUUUGGCUACAUUCUGCGUGAAAAACAAUGGGCGCAGUUGCAGGUCGACAAGCUGUUUGAAAUACCUCGUGAUAAGGAAAACAGUUCCUGGUCAACAGGACUAAAACUUGCCAGCGAAACUACCAAAAAGAUGAUUUUAGAUCUGGUAACUGGUCAUGGAAAAGCCACGGAAGGAAUGAAUGAUGGGUUGGAGGUAGAAGAUCUAGUCGAGCGAAAAGGGAAAGGCUUGGUUAUUCUGCUCUAUGGUCCACCGGGAGUCGGAAAGACAUCUACCGCAGAGACUGUUGCAAUUGAAGCAGGCAGGCCCUUAUUUUCUAUCAGCGUCGCUGAUGUGGGAACAACUGCUAAGCAUGUGGAAGCCAAUCUGGCCCGAAUCUUUGCUUUGGCAAGUGCUUGGCAGGCCAUUUUGUUGAUCGAUGAGGCAGAUGUCUUUUUACAAAGCCGAUCUUUGGGUAUGAGUUUUGGGGGGAAUACUGAGCGUAAUGCACUGGUCUCAGUUUUCCUCCGUGUUUUGGAAUACUAUCAGGGAAUCUUGGUUUUAACGACCAAUCAAAUUGCUCAAUUCGAUGUCGCCGUUCACUCUCGCAUUCACAUCGCUAUCAAAUACAGCGAAUUGGACGAAACACGUGCCCUACAAAUAUUCAGGAAUUUCCUAGUUCCGUUAGAUCGCAAAGGAAAGAUCAAGGACAUCAAGGAUAUUGAGGAGUGGCUGCAAAGAGAGAUUGGCCGUGUAAGCUUUGAUGGACGGCAAAUCCGCAAUGUCAUCACCUCAGCCCUGAGCCUCGCUAGGGCAAGGGGGGAUCCUCAGCUGAGUAAGAAUCAUCUGUCUGAAGUCGUCGUCAAUGUGGACAGCUUCAAACGUGAGUUUGUGAAGCAAUUCGAGCAGUACAAAUCUCAGCAGAAGGGCAUUUUUGGUUGA